UCCCCGCGACAUGGAAACCAUUGAAUUCCUCAGCCGCACCAGCCGGCGGAAUCUCAAGUCCCAAAUCGGUUGGCAGGUGGCACAGCGGAUGCGGCAGUGGUCAGAGGAUUUGGAGGACCGCCGCAUGCAGCUCUAUGUGCAGCUGCAGAACGAGGCGCUGCAGGUGGACGAGGAGGUGGCCGAGCUGCUGCGGCAACGCGCCGACGAGGCGGAAAGGCAACGCCACGAAUGGAUUCACAUGGAGCGCCUGAAGCGGGAGGUGGCCGAGCAGGAGCUACUGAAAGUGAAGCAGCAGCAGCGGGAAAUUGAGAACUCCGAGGCUCAUCGCCACAUGCAAACCAAGCAAAUCCUGUGGGAGAGCAAACAGGCGCAGCUCCAGCAGAUCGAGGAUCGUCGGGCGCUGAAGCGUCGCCAGGCCUGCGUGGAGAUUCUCUGGCAGCGGGUGUGGCAGCGUCUGGACGAGAGUCGCGAGCAGCAGCAGCAGUACGAGCAGCAGCUGCGUCGCCUGCUGGAGGGUCAGUGUCAGGCUGAGAAUCUGGCCAGGGAUCAGCAGCAGAAGCAGCAGCUGCAGCAGCAAGUGCUCCAGGAGCAGCGUGAAUGCAGCGAGGCCCUCGAGGUGGCAGCCGCGAAUGAUGUGCGGAAGAGGGAAAUGGAACUGCAGCAGCAUCAAGCCAAGCGCCGCCAACAGCUGACCGAUCUUCAGGCACAAAUCCAGCAGAAUCUGCGAAUCGCUGCCUGCCAGUCGGAGGCCAACCAACGCGAGGAUGUGGCCAGCAACAUGCGCGAGGAUCGACAGAUUUACGAGGAGCUCAUGCAGAAACAAUGCGACAGGGCUCGCAAUCGUGAUUGGCACCAGCAGUACAUGACGCACACAGCGGCGGAGCGCGCUGCACAUCGCCAGGGGGAGCUGGAGCGGGAACGCGCCUACCUGGGCACUGGCUGUGUUCUGGGACAGCGGCCGGAGCAGCCAUAUGGCAGAGCUGUGCGCUGA